AUGCCGACGAAUGCAGAACUGUCAAAACAAGUUGAGGCGUUGGAAGACAAGCUUAACAAUAUAGCUAAAGGUACAAGUGAGCUCAUCUUUGGUAAGAUCCUGCUGAGAAUGAAGGAAUCUGGGAUCGACGUUGUUGAACUUAAGAGAGAAGUUGACUCGCUGAGUUCCAGUGUUGAGCAUUUGAAUGGACUUCUUGAGGAUAUGCGGUGCAAAAAUUCUGCGUUGUCCGAUGAAAAUACGCAACUCCGAUCCCAGAACCAAUCAUUGACCCGCAGGGUCGAGGAGCUUGAGCAGUACUCUCGUCUCAGCAAUGUCGAGAUCAAGGGCAUUCCAUGUACCCAAGGAGAAGACUGUGUUGAAAUCCUGAAAACAGUGGGGGACAAAAUUGGUUGUCCCAUUUUGCCCUAUGAUCUCGAUAUUGUUCAUCGCGUGCCUACCCGAUCUAUUGACAAGAAAAACAUCAUUGCUCGAUUUUGUUCUAGAACCAAGAAGGCCGAUUUUGUUAGCAAAGCGCGUAAAGCCAGGCUCUGUCUUAGUGAUAUAGGGUUGUCUAGUCAGUCCAAAUUUCCCGUAUUUGUAAAUGAGCAUCUCACUGCCUGUAACAAGACUCUCUUCUCCAAAGCUCUUUCAUUGAAAAAAGAAAAAAAAUGGUUGUUCCUGUGGACUGACAACUGCCAAAUUAAGGCCAGGAAAACAACUACUAGUAAAGUUCUACGCAUUCGGGACGAAUCUGACCUAAACAAAAUAGUAUAA